AUGUACAUUAUCUCCAAAAAACGUUCAACUAAGUAUUCUCUAAACAAAAGAAAAUUUGAAAAAACCGAGACAGCUUCGUCCGUACUUAUGAAAUAUUUGGUAGAAAGUGAUAAGCAAGAAACAAAAGCGACUGCCAAUGAUCAUCCAAUAGAUAUAUUUUUCAAUAGUCUAGCCGCUACUAUAAAAACAUUUUCACUCGAGUACCAGCAUAUGGCAAAGUCAAAACUUUUUAGUGUUGUAUCCCACCUAGAGUGGACACAUUUAUAAAGUAAGAAUACAAAUUACCAAUUCAUUUUCCAGCUCCAGACAACAGGUCAAAUACACACCCAAUACCAUUUUUUCAAACUCAAAACAUCCAACAACCAGUCCAUCCACAACAACAAAUGUAUGAAAUUCCACAUCCGUCAAACUCAUCUACUCCAAAUGAUUCAUUUAUGUCUGGUCAAACUCAAACAUCAUCACCUGUAAGUUCCAGAAGGUCAUCUGCACAAUCUUAUUUAGAAAAUUUUCAGCCAAAUAACUUUUAA